CUUCCGCCGGCGUGGGGUCGGGUAGUGCUUUGGGGACAUUUCGCAGGACUUAUCUGUUUCUCGACCCUGGAAAUGCCAUGAGGUCAGUUAGCUAUGUUCAGCGCACAGCGAUGGAGUUUAGUGGGAGCCUCUUCCCACACGCAAUCUGCCUCGGGGACGUGGAUAACGACACGAAAAACCCUGCGCUGCCAGGGCUGCACUCCUGGGAAGACUUCUCCAAGCGCCUUCUACCACGUGACCGCUGCUGAUACACGCAGUAUCUGCCCAGAGUGGGUGCGUUGUUAAAUGAACUGGUUGUGGGAGACACCAGUGGAAAGCUGUCUGUGUAUAAGAACGAUGACAGCCGGCCGUGGCUCACCUGCACCUGCCAGGGGAUGUUGACUUGUGUUGGGGUUGGAGAUGUGUGCAAUAAAGGAAAGAACCUGGUGGUAGCAGUGAGCGCUGAAGGCUGGUUUCAUUUGUUUGACCUGACUCCUGCUAAAGUGCUGGAUGCCUCGGGGCACCACGAGACACUAGUGGGAGAGGAGCAGCGUCCAGUCUUCAAGCAGCACAUCCCAGCCAACACCAAGGUCAUGCUGAUCAGCGACAUCGAUGGAGAUGGGCGUUAUGAACUGGUGGUAGGACACACAGACCGUGUGGUACGUGCCUUCCGCUGGGAAGAGCUGUCUGAGGGCACUGGACACCUGACCGGACAGCUGGUAUCCCUCAAGAAAUGGAUGCUGGAGGGCCAGGUGGACAGUCUCUCAGUGACACUGGGACCGCUGGGUGUUCCUGAACUGAUGGUAUCUCAGCCAGGCUGUGCAUAUGCAGUUCUUCUGUGCACCUGGAACAAGGACACUGAAUCCUCCCCUGCCUCUGAGGAGGCCGUGGAGGGCGGUAGAGAGACCUCAGCUGCGCGAGACGUAGUGCUACAUCAGACAUCUGGCCGUAUCCACAACAAGAACGUCUCCACUCACCUGAUAGGCAACAUCAAACAAGGCCACAACCCUGAGAGAGGUAACUCUGGCCUCUUUGCCCUCUGCACCCUGGAUGGGACACUGAAGCUUAUGGAGGAAGCAGACAAGCUGUUGUGGUCAGUGCAGGUGGAUCACCAGCUCUUUGCCCUGGAGAAAUUAGAUGUCACGGGUAAUGGACAUGAAGAGGUGGUCGCAUGUGCCUGGGAUGGACAGACAUAUAUUAUUGAUCACAACCGUACCGUUGUCCGCUUCCAAGUGGAUGAAAAUAUCCGUGCCUUCUGUGCAGGCCUGUAUGCCUGCAAAGAGGGCCGCAACAGCCCCUGCCUCGUGUAUGUCACCUUCAACCAGAAGAUCUAUGUGUACUGGGAGGUGCAGCUGGAGCGGAUGGAAUCUAGCAAUCUGCUGAAGCUACUAGAGGCUGAGCCCGAGUACCGUAGCCUGCUGCAGGAGCUGGGUGUGGAUCCUGAUGACCUCUGUGCAGCUCGCACCCUGCUUCACCAGAUCCUCUACCAUCCAGACCAGCCACUACAGAGCCCCUCCUCCAACGCCCAGGACCCUACCUAGCUGGACUUGGUCUGAACCCUCAGCCCAAAGGUGUCCACAGUGUUGGCAGGAGACAGAAUGCACUUAUAGAGGAACAGAAGUGGAUAUUUGCAUGGAAGGUGCAGUGAUGCUAGGCUGACUGUGACCUAGAAGCCUCUUGAUAUUUUUAAACAGUGUGUAUAUAUGAAAUACAUAAUGACUACAUUCAUUUUGGAGAAUUGGUAUUAUGCAUGUGGCAUAUUGAUCAUUUUAAAUUUUUUUGUCUGCCUCCCUUACCUGCCAAGCAGCCACGAUCUCCUAUGGGGAAGUGGGGGCUCACUUGGAGUAGUCCACACAGGCUUAGAACCUGGUUACACCAGACUCAUGUUCCUGCUUCAGCUCCCCAAGUGCUGGAAUUACAGGCAUCUGCCACCAUGCCCAGCUUGUCUCUUUCUGAUGAAGAAGAGAUAAGGUAACCUUCUGCCCAUUUCCUCAUGGACUCAGUCAGCUGGCCUUGUUCUGAAUCACCUGGCAUACCCCUGCCUCCCCUCAAAGCUCCCUGCUCUCACUGCAGAAAACAGACUUGUGUCUGAGAAUGGACAACAAAUGUUUUGCACAGCUGUAACACCCAAAAGGAGACCAGUCUUUGGACCCAAGAAAGCUGUGGAGGUAGAACCUCCAUCACAUCCUAAGCUUCACCUUUCAUGGUACUGCUCCAGAUAAAUGACGGUAGUAAUCGCCACAAGAUCAGCAAAUCCUUUUGUUUAAGAAGGUCUUCCAGGAUGUUUUACAGCUUGAUCUUGAGUGCCUGACAACACUGAGAUGAUUUUUUUUUUAUUGGUUAAAGCAGUAUGAUCAGUGCUUUCAUGUUUUGCCAUAUUCCUCACCCCCUGUCCUGUUUUGCUCCAGUGCUAAGGAGAGAACCCAGGGCCUUGCACAUGCUAGGCAAGCAUCUACCACUGAGCUAUGCCUCAGCCCUGCCAUGUUCUCAAGUAUUGCACAGCCUGCAGGACUUUCUCCCACAUUCCCGCCUUCCUCUUUCCCAGAACACCUUAUUGGGUAAGACCAUUGUCAUUUACAAUUUGAUGCAGGUUUAUCUUCCAGAUCAUAAUCAGAAUUAUAUGAUGGGCUAUUUAUGUCGUGUGUGUGUGUGUGUGUGUGUGUGUGUGUGUGUGUGUGUGUUUGCCAUUUUGGAGAUUAAACUCAGGGUCUUUUUUUAUUUUGAAACAGGGUUUCGCUAAGUCUAAAUUGCCCAGGCUGGGCUCAGACUUGGGAUCCUCCUGCCUCAGCCUCCAGAGUGCUAGGAUUACAGGUGUGCACUACCACCUGGAGCUUUUUGCUCUUGAUUCUGUGCUCCAAAUCAGUGCUUUGGAGUUGUAAUCCUUCAGUGGCUGUGGCCAGCAUUUUUUAAAAUAAACUAGAAGACAUCAGA